AUGUCGGACGACGAUCGGACUUCCGCUUACGAGUUCCCGCCGCUGGUGGUGCUGCUUCGGGCGGCGCAGCGGGAGUUCAUCCCGCCCGUGCGCGUGUCCGAGGUCCGGAUGCACCCGGACGCAGUACUUCCUCGUGAAAGAAUUCGUGGGGCCCCGCGGACGAGAGGGUGCAGGACGAGGGCGGCUAAGAUUGAUGAUGGGGCUGACGGCGGCUUACGAGGGUGCGUUGGGAUUUGGGGGAGGACGGAGAGAGGCCUGGGUAGUGAGACUGUGAAGGAGUGUGCUGAGGAUUCGUUGGGGGUGGCCGAGAUUGAUGUGUCUGUUCUCAAAGAGGCUAAGAUCUUUCACUUCAAUUCAGGAGUUCUGUUAUCCCCUUCAAUGCGUCCUACACUUUUUAAAGCCAUUUCCUUGUCGAAAAAGUACAACAACAAUGUUUUCUUCGAUCUGAAUCUUCCACUACCCCUAUGGAAAUCCCGUGAGGAGACCCGGGAAUUAAUCAAAGAGGCAUGGGCUCAGGCUGACCUCAUCGAGGUUUCAAAGCAGGAGCUAGAAUUCCUUCUGGAUGAAGAUCAUUAUGAGAGGAAGCGAAACUACAGGCCUCAAUACUAUUCCGAAUCCUAUGAGCAAACAAGAAAAUUAAGGGACUACUAUCAUUACACUAAGGAAGAAAUUGCACCUCUUUGGCAUGACGGAAUAAAAAUAUUAUUUGUGACUGACGGAACACUGCGGAUACAUUUUUAUACGCCGCAUUUUGAUGGCACAGUAAUCGGGACGGAGGACGUGCUUAUAACUCCGUUUACUUGUGACCGAACUGGUUCAGGCGAUGCAGUUGUAGCUGCGAUCAUGAGAAAGCUAACAAUAGAUCCGGAGAUGUACGAGAACGAAGAUAAGUUGGAAAGGCAACUUAGAUUUGCUGUUGCUGCUGGGAUUAUUUCUCAGUGGACUAUUGGAGCUGUGAGGGGGUUUCCUACAGAGAGUGCUACUCAGAACUUGAAGGAGCAAGUCUAUGUGCCUUCAAUGUGGUAGUGGUUUCUACAUAAGCAGGAGAAUGAUGCUUUGGCAUCUCAGAAAGCUUCUGCGCGUCGAAUUCGAGCUGAAAAUUCUUGCGGCAAUAUCAAAAUGUGGUCAUGAUAUGCACAGAAUUCAGAUAAUGCAUAUGAGGAGCAUUAUGAGAACAUCCAGUGAAUAGAGGUGUAAUAUAGCUAUCUUCGUUCUAGUUAUGCGACAUGCCACGUUAGCUGAAGUUCAAAAUUUUCCCCUCUUCUCAUAUUUCAUGAUUCUGUGGUAAAAUUUUGUUUCCAGAUUGUAGCAUUUUGACUAUUUUUUCUUCCUGUUGAACUGCUCAAAUUUGAGCAAGUUUCAAAUUCAGGAGAACGUUAAAAAGUAGCUGUAGCGAAUUUCAUACUUUCAUCUAAAUGUUAUCUAUAUGCUCGCGGAUCAAUUUUUUUUUU